AGUAGCUACUACAACAAUUGGAUACCACGAAAUUGGGGAGAAAAAAGGGGUACAAUUUAAAAAAUAUAUAUUAAAAAAAAGAGAAAUCAGAAACGGAGAUUAUGGACUGCUUUGCUAGCGCCGAUUGGAAUAUGUUCUGAGACUCCGCCGAUAACAUCGACAAGCUAACCACCUCUGUCACCGGCUUCAUAAGUGAAUGCAUCGGCGAAGGUUCACUGCUCCUCCAAUCAAAACUAAAGGACAGGGCUACCACAGACAACCCUGAGGCUACGGCUGAGGAUAGGAACAAGUACAAGAAGUCCCGCUACGACCUCCGCAGAGUCAUUAAACAAGCAAAAGGUCAAUAUAGGAAUAAGGUGGAACCAUACUACACAGGCACCGACGCCCGCCGAAUGUUGCAGGAGUUAUAGUCCAUUACGGAUUAAAAAGGAAGACGCAGCUAUGGUCUACCCAACAAUGCCUCUCUUCCAGAAAAACUCUAUGCAUUUUAUGCAUGCUUAGACAUUAACACUGUAUGAGGGCCCCCACUGACCCCAGAGGACUGAUCUCGCGCUUCGAGGUCAACGUGAUUUAAGUUCUUUAAUGAGGGCCGGAGAGUAUUCCAGGGCGAGUUCUCAGCGCAUUCACAGAUCAGCUGGAAGGCAUAUUCAUGGUCAUUUUCAACCUCUCCGUGUCCCAGUCUGUAAUCCCAACAUUUUAAAAUGACUGCCAUCAUUCCUGUUCCCAAGAACUCUAAGGCUUCUUGCCACAAUGAUUACCACUCUGUGGCCCUCGCAUCUAAUCAUAAAGUGCUUUGAAAGGCUGGAUAUGGAACACACCAGCAGACACCCUAAACUUGAACUGCGGAUACUUGCAAGGGUUACAAAACACAAUAUACAUCAAAGCACCAGCUCCUCCGCCAAGACCUGCCUGCGCUCUCAGCCCUGCCUUAUAUCAGUUUCUCUGCCUUAUAUCAGAGUCCCUGGCAGAGUUUAGCAAGCAGGAGCAGGUAUGAGCAAUUAGUUAAUUAUUUGGACAUGUCUUUUCUUACAAGCUGUCCCACAGUUUCAUCACAGUAUGACACCAGAUAAAGGGGCGUUAAUACUUUAGGGGUGGGGCAGAGGAGAGGUCAAAAACACAGACAACUGUGUUCUCUCAUGUUUAAACCUGACACAGCAAGACAGCAGCCAUUCCUGAACUAAACUGACUGAGGUAGAGAUGGAGUAUUCCACCAAAACUCUUGCUGCUGGCUGCUUUGGGAAGAUCUACAGGGAGAAGUACAAUGACACCUGGGCUGCAAUCAAGAAGGUACCACAACACUUAAUCAAUAGGAGAGACCUGGAGAGAGAGUGUCAAGUAUACAAUAAGGCAAUUCAUCCUAACAUAGUGAAGCUUCUGGGUAAUCCAACACUCAAGGACUCUAAGUGGAUCAUCCCCAUGGAGUUCAUCUUUGGAGAAGAACUGGAGACAACCAUCUUCAAAUCACAACAAUCUCAAAUACAGUUAACUCCAUCUGUAAAGGCCACCAUCAUCACAGGCAUGUGUGAAGGACUACUUCACCUACACAGCAAAGAUAUCGUCCAUCAGGACCUCAAGCCUGAGAACAUCAUGGUAGAGCAUGACACUCACCGAGCUGUGAUCAUUGAUAUGGGGCUGGCCAAAUUCUUCCGCAAUGGCCUAAAUUCUGCUGUGGAUAUGGGCAACGAGGCCUACUCUUCCCCUGAGGUCCUGCAGAGGCGGGGCCAACGAGACCAGCGUUCAGACGUGUGGGCUAUGGGUAAAAUCAUUGCUGAACUCUGUGCCAGAGUCAGGCUGCACACCCCUAGUGUCUGUCCGGCUAUGAUCUAUGAGAUCCUCAGUCUCCAAGGACAGCAGUACUGUAACGCUGUCUGUAGGAUGGUGCAGAGCGACCCCACAGUGCGAGCCACCAUGGCCGGGAUCAUGCCAGAGAUGCGAAGGGCAGGGGGAGGUGGCAACACCGGGGAGCAACAAAGAGGACAUCUUCCGACACCCUUUCCUCACACUGAGGUAAAAGACCCAUCGCCACGUCCUCAUGCUCCCCCGCUAUCAAGAGCUGAGUGCACAGCCUUGCCAAAGAUUGAGGUCAAGACGACACUGCAACCACAACCCAUACAGCGGUCACCUUCCCCGGCAAGAUGGGAGCAUGCAGCCUUGCCAAUGACUGAGGUCAAGAUGACACUGCAACCACAACCCGUACAGCGGUCACCUUCCCCGGCAAGAUGGGAGCAUGCAGCCUUGCCAAUGACUGAGGUCAAGACGACACUGCAACCACAAUUCGUACAGCGGUCACCUUCCCGGCAAGAUGGGAGCAUGCAGCCUUGCCAAUGACUGAGGUCAAGACGACACUGCAACCACAACCUGUACAGCGGUCACCUUCCCCGGCAAGAUGGGAGCAUGCAGCCUUGCCAAUGACUGAGGUCAAGACGACACUGCAACCACAACCUGUACAGCGGUCACCUUCCCCGGCAAGAUGGGAGCAUGCAGCCUCUCCAAAGCCUGAAGUCAAGAACUCACCAUCUCCCCUUCCAAAGGUAGACCAGGGUAAUGCACUGGUGGUUCCAUCAGGCAUGGUUCAACCCAGUCAAGAUGUCAUGAAACAACUUCUCUUCAAAGAGGCCCCAAAGGGUCUCCCAUGCCCACUCCCCACAACGGGAAAGGUGCGAAUCCGCCGCUAUGAGCAAAGGAAUGGGGAAGUGGAGACUUGGGAGCAAAAUGAGGUAGAGACUGAAGGAGGGAGGAUAGUCAAGUUUGAGAAUGUGAUGUUUAACAACAAGUCAUAAGUAGGUUAUUGAGAGGUUGUGAAAUAGUUGGGAAUUGAUUUGAGUUGAUUUGACUCUGGUCACUCUCCUUCCAUCCUUCAUUGUAAAAUUCGGACAUGUUUAUGGAGAGGGGGGAGAGUAUAUUUGGGAGGUGGGAUAAACUAAUGGAAGAAUUCUAAUGUCCAGUGAAACUAUACCGGACGUCCUGUGCCUAAAAACAAAGCGACACAAUAUCCCACUACGUGAGACCAAAAUAUAUAUAUAUAUAUAUAUUAACAACUAAAUUUGUCUUGCACUGGUCUUGCACUGGUAAGAAGGAAACCUUGGAGUGUGUUAAGGUUGAGUAAGGAUUUAGGGAUGAUCUUGAAAGUACUAUCACUUCUUCUAAUGCUACAUCAUGUUACAAUGUUGCUCAUCUGGUUAGGUGACAGUGUACAGAGGCACCUGGAAUCAAGUAACUAUCUUUGAAUGGUUUUGAAACCUUUUUGUUUUGGGAAACUUAUCCCUGUUUGCUAAUCAGUUGUCUCUUUAGCUCUAUAUCAUACAUUUGACUGUGUACAUACAGUACCAGUCAAAAGUUUUGGGCACACCUACUCAUUCCAGGCUUUUCCUUCAUUUGUACUAUUUUCGACAUCGUAGAAUAAUAGUGAAGA